AUGUCUGGUUUUGGAAAAUGUACAGAUUGUGGAAAAGAAAGAAUCAGUGAUGGAUGGUGUAACGCAUGUGAUGUAAAUGCUCUUAAGGAAAACUUUUUUGGUAUAACUAAAGAUUAUACUUCUCAUUUCAUGUUGGUCAUGAAAUAUUAUGAAUAUUAUGAAAAUAGAGACUUAUAUUCAUACCUUGAUGAAACUCAAGGAAAGCUUUGUUGGAGAGACAUUGUUAUUAUGCUUUGGCAAAUAUUGGAGGGAGGAAUUGUACAAUAUCAUGAAAAGGGAUUGAUUCAUGGAAAUAUUCAUGGAGUCGGUAUACAGAAAGAAUUUACAAUUUUGGAGCAUAAAAAUUGGGAUAAUUCAUGGAAAUUUUCACGGAGGUAA